AUGGCUUUGAAUCCAAGAAAAGCAUCAAGUUCAAAAGCCAUGGCUGAUGCAGCAUCAUGGUUGUGUGCAUGUUUUCUUGUGACCCUCAUAUUGCUGUGCAUAUUCAGUGACAGUUCUGUUGUUGGGGAGGAUGAUGAAGGGAAGCUGAGGGGUAAACGAGUGUUGUCGAAGGCUUGUGAUGAAAUCUAUGUGGUUGGAGAAGGAGAAACACUUCACACAAUCAGUGAUAAAUGUGGUGAUCCCUUCAUAGUGGAAAAAAACCCUCACAUCCAUGACCCUGAUGAUGUUUUCCCAGGCCUUGUUAUCAAGAUCACACCCUCACACAACAAUUGA